UUAAUCAUCUACAUAUAAAAACACAAAUAUCACUAUUAAAGGGAUAGUUGCCCCAAAAAUUAUUAUUCUGUCAUUAAUUAUUCACUCUCGUGUUGUUCCAAAUCCAGAUUUGCAUUUAAUUUUGGGGGGAACUAGCCAAAAUGACUAAUAAUUGAGCAUUAGAAGCACAUCAGCAGUAAAAUAUCCCUUCUCUGGUUUUCAUUAAAAGUGUGUAUUUUUGUGUCUUUAAGACGUGGUGCAUGGAAACGCAGUGGAUCAGAGUUGUGUGUUGAGGCUGCAGCAGAUUAAAGCUGCUCUACAGGAAGCACAUGGUUCUUAUACUGGACCCUUCGCCCCAGGGUGUUCUCGGAUAGAUGUCUCAUGGGUGGAAUGUGCCAUUCAUUUGCUGACUAAGCUGACACAAGCACAUGAAGAUGAGGCCUGGACUGUUUUAUACUCUCUGCCAGAUUUGGACCCUGAGGGUCUUUGGACUUUGCUUCACAAAUAUGAGAGUGAACUGCAUGGACCCAGUUUCGAAAACCUGCAUGAAGUUUUUCAGUCACGUGUGCCAGCACACGCCAGCAGAGGCACCAACACAGUGAACGCUGAAACCGAGAGAGAGAGGUCUGAACAGGAGCAUGAAGAGCUGUCAGAUGGUGAAAAACAAGAACUCUGCACUGGAUGUGGCAUGGUUUUAGAUCCAGAAGAUACUCCAUAUUUAGAGAUUGUGUAUGUCAAAGACCCAAGAAAUGAAGUGAGCAUGAUGGAGGCGAGGGACGGAGACAGACAAAGAGAAGGAGACAUUAAGAGCAAAGGAGACCAUGAGGAGAUUUCAGUGGAGAAACAAAACUCUCUGAUCACACUGGCCUGGAGCAAACCAACCCACGGAGAGGAUCACAUUCAGGAAGUGACUCUUCAACAGAAGGAAGAGGCCGUCUCUAUUACAGUGCAGGAGGAUAGAGAUAAUAACACACACGUCCCUGACACAAAUCCACAUGAUGUGAACAUCUACACACACCAGGAGAACAUAAGCUCGGUCUCACUGCAGCUAAGUGCACAGUAUGAAGAAACGCAUUCAGAUAGUGAGAAAGGAGAGACACAGACACUGAUCCAACAAGACCAUUCAGGCUUCAUCACAGCUGGGCAGCAACAGGAGGAUAUAAGAGAUGGAGAGUUCACACGGCAACCUCUCGGAGACACCCAUCAGCCCGACUCAACACCUACACAGCUGCUACAAAACACUGACACGCCACCAGCAAGUGUCCCAGACGCUGAACCCACGCAAACAUUGGAGACCCAUGAGAAGGAGGCCUCACUUCAGGAGCAGAGGAACCAGGAGAUCUAUGAGAGAGCGGGUGAGGAGCAGCAGUUACAGCGGGACGCCACCAUGCGCUGCCUUGUGGACAUCCAGAGGAAAGCAGAGCGACGCUGGCAACGGGACAGAGACAGACAACUACUCCGAGUUCAAGAGCGACUGGCCAUCGUCCAGAGUCGGAAGGCAGAUGAAGAUCUGUUGGGCCUGACGCAGGAAGACACACUCAGGCAUCUGACUGACACACUACGACAGGAGGAUGAGCUACAACAGAAAACUUUAGUGAGAGAGAAACUCCAGCAAAUGAGGAGAGAGCGCUCAUGCAUUCUCCAGACCAGACGAGAGAGAAAUACAGCUGGAUUUAAAGAGCUUCUUGCGCCCACAGCUCAACGUAUGACCGAAACCGAAGAAGGACACUAGUGCAUACUCAAACCCAUUUCCACAAACAUACAGAACACACAGUAAAACAUUCAUCAACUUUAUUGAUGUAGGAGCACAAAAGUAACUGUGUUUGAACGAUAGCAACUUUUGUUCAAGGUUCAAACACUUUCCUAAUUGCCAAUGAUAAAUGCCACCCCCUAUAAGUUUAUAUUAGUGCUUACAAUGCAUGCACACACAUUGGCGCUUGAUCUUUUAAGAAGACUGUUGUGUUUCUUUGGCAAAUAAUAAAUUGCAUGACUCGUAUAACUUUACCAUAGACAGUGAGCACAUUAAAACACUUUUGGGUUUGGUUUGCUUUGUAUUCAUCUCAGUGUGACGCCCACAUGCAUGUUAUCCUGUCCUGCCAUUGAAUAGAAACCAGCACUUCCUCUGAAUUAUUAGUACAAGAUGACUGACAAUGCCUGAAUACCUGGCAAGUAUAUAAUGAAACACGUUUGAACAUUUUAUUGAACUCCAGAAAACUGCACAAUGCCUCAGUCUUUUAAAACAAACGUACGCGUGCGUGCGUGUUAAUUAUAAAUUAAACAACACAGUCUGCCUCCCCGCAGACGUUGCGUUUUAUAUAUAUUCAGAGAGCAUAUAUACUGUGAAUGUCUACAAUGGAAAUGAAAGUAGUGAAUAAAUUAUUUUGCUUUGCCUCUA